AUGUUUAUCCGAAUACAUUUGAACGAACUUCGAUCGGAACAUUUCCACGUUUAUUCGGCGACGCACGAGCGAGCAUCUGGGGCAGUAAUUUGUGCCGACAUAGAAUGCCUCUUCUUCCACGAGAUCAUAUCGCUACAAGUGUCACACCUCGAGCCAUCACUAAGAGAAGCUGCAAGAGUGCUAGGAGCUUUUAAGGAAGAC